ACAGAGGGGGUCCAAGGGGGUACAGAGAGGAGACGUGCGGGAGGAGCGACAUAGCGUGUUCUGACGGUAUUGCAACAGUGGACGACGUACGCUGAUCUGCCUCGCUCAGCCAAGCAGCAUGGCGGCCCCGGUGCUGCCGCUGACCUGUCUGGUGCUUCUGAGUCUGGUCAGUGUCUCCUCUCAGAUCCAGUGGUUCAAGUUUCUGUGGGUCCCAGAGACGACCUCACUUGCUCCUGCUGUCACUACACCUGCAUCCACCACUACAGCACCAGAAGAGAGCACAGCCCCUGUCUUCCCAGCCUCCUCUCCUCAGCCCACAGAGGGAUCCAGCAAAGCCAGAGCUAAGAAACCUCUCAGAAUGUGGAAGAGUGAGCGAGGGUCCAAGGGUCACCUAGUCCUGACUGAACUAGUUGGUGUUCCUCUUCCUCCAUCUGUGUCCUUCGUCACUGGCUACGAGGGUUUCCCUGCUUACAGUUUUGGGCCUAAUGCUAAUGUAGGUCGACUGACCCAAUCCUUUGUACUUGAGCCCUUCUUCAUGGACUUUGCCAUUAUUGUCACCGUCAAGCCCUCCAAUUCUCGAGGAGGGGUACUGUUCGCCAUCACAGAUCCCUCCCAGACGAUCGUCCAGUUGGGCUUGGCCCUGACGCCCGUGGAGGAUAAGACCCAGAGGAUUGUUCUGUAUUACAGCGAACCAGGGCUUGCAGACACCAUGGAGGUGGCUUCCUUUAAAGUGCCUGAUAUGACACAGCAGUGGAAUCGCUUUACGCUGACGGUCGAGCAUGAGGAGGUUCGGCUCUAUAUGGAUUGUGAGGAGUACCACAGUGCCCCCUUGAAGAGAAGCCAGCAGCCCCUCAGCUUUAAGCAAGGCUCGGGUAUAUUCGUGGCAAAUGCGGGCAGUACUGGCCUGGAGAGAUUUGUGGGGUCUAUUCAACAGCUGGUAAUAAAACCAGACCCUAGGGCAGCAGAAGAGCAGUGUGAGGAGGAUGACCCCAGCGCCUCCGGGGACAGAAGUGGUGAUGGAAGUGGUGGUGGUGGUGAUUAUGAUGAUGAAGAAGAACAUGGGAGACGUGAAGUAAUCUCCGGUCAGACAAAUGUGAGAGAAGACAAAGAAAAGACACAUAGACCCACCUAUCCUGUCCAAGCUCCGCCCACUGUGUCACCUGACAUGGACGAAGGAGAGUUUUCAGGGCAUGUGACCCCUAUAGACGAAAGGCUACUUAGAGGGACUUACAAAACAGAUGAAACAGGGGAGAGUACAGGGGAUGGUUCUGGCCAGAGGCAAAAAGGGGAGCGUGGAGAACCUGGACCUGCAGGCCCCCCGGGACCCCCUGGCCCUCCUGGACCAUCUCUCCCACCCACACAUUCGGGUCAGCCUGGACAGAGAGGCCCUCAAGGUCCAAUGGGUCCACCAGGAAGACAAGGCAGACCAGGGAAAGAUGGACAACCUGGGAGCAAAGGUGAAGAAGGAAAACCAGGGCAGAAAGGACCUCCAGGACUUCCAGGAUUGCCUGGAGAAUCUGGAGUCAAAGGAGAAAAGGGUGAUCCUGGGGUUGGUCUGCCUGGUCCACCAGGGCCUCCUGGACCACCGGGGUCAUCAAAACCAAUUAAAGUUCCAUAUGGAUUUGAUGCUCUCGGCUCUGGAUUUGAAGAUGUUGACAUUGAUACAGAACGUCUUAGAGGUCCACCUGGUCCUCCAGGACCUCCAGGGAAACCUGGCCCACCUGGUCCUAAUGGCCCCUCAGGGGCUUUGCUGCCUGGACCACCAGGCGCCCCUGGCAAGGAUGGCAGAGAUGGGCAACCUGGACUUCGUCUAUUUGAGGACUGGUUUAGUGGGUCUGGCACUGACUCUGGGUUUGGCUCAGGGUUUGGCUCAGGUUUUGGUAAAGGACAGGCAUUGCCCUGGUUCGUUCAGGUCACUGAACCAGGGCUUCCUGGUUCGAAUGGCUUAACUGGACAACAGGGUCCCAAAGGAGCAAAGGGUGAACAAGGAAUGAGAGGGCCCUCUGGACCUAAGGGUGAAAAUGGUGACCCUGGCCUUAUUGGUCCUAUGGGACCGAGGGGUGUACCUGGACCACCUGGCAUUCCUGGCCCUCCUGGCCCACCAGGACCUUCAAUCAGUAACUUGAUGACGAACACUUUGAAGGAUUUGGAGGGUUCUGGUGAAAGCGGAUUGUUUCUCGGAGCUGGAAUUUCAAAAGGCUAUCAUGGGCCUCCUGGUCUACCUGGCCCACCAGGACCUCAGGGACUUCCUGGUGCUGAUGGAGCCCCUGGUUUGUCUGUUAAGGGUGAACCGGGAUCACCAGGACAGGAUGGAAUGCCAGGAUUAGCUGGUUUACCAGGUGCCAGGGGGCCAAAGGGGGACAAGGGCAGUCCAGGAGAGAAGGGUGAGCGAGGUCGUGAUGGACUGAGCAUCACAGGGCCUCGCGGUCCCCCUGGCCCACCUGGACCGACCAUUAACUUCCAGGAUCUCCUUCUUAAUGAUACUGCAGCCAAACUGAACCUUACUAAGAUCAGAGGACCUCCUGGCCCUAUGGGCCCUGAAGGCUUGCCUGGCAGAGCAGGAUUCCCUGGCCCAAGAGGACAAAAAGGUGAAAUCGGGUUUCCUGGCAUUCAAGGACCUCCAGGACUGAAGGGAGAAAAGGGGGAGUCAGGUGUAUCUAUAGCUGCUGAUGGCUCUGUAAUACCAGGCCUGAGAGGACCCAGAGGACCAAAUGGAAUGAAGGGAGACAUCGGCCCAUCUGGACAGCCUGGGAUUAUGGGGCCGAUUGGACCACCUGGGCAAAAAGGAGAAUAUGGACUUCCUGGUCGACCGGGCAGGGCUGGAAUAGCUGGACGGAAAGGGGACAAGGGAGAUACUAGUGGUCCCCCUGGUCCACCGGGUCCACCUGGACCUCCAGGGCCACCAGGACGAGUAAUUGGUCUCAAUAGAACAGUUUUCCCAGUUCCUCCUAGACCGCACUGCAAAAUACCAGUCAACAACAACAAUUCACAACAAGGCAAUGGAAGAGCAUCAUUAGGAGUCAAAGGGGACAAGGGUGAUGUGGGAAAUCCUGGGUUGCCAGGAACUGCAGUGCCUUUGUUUCCUCAUGGUCAUGUGGGUGCUAAAGGUGAUAAUGGCUACAAGGGGCAAAAGGGGGAUCCAGGUUUGCCUGGCUCAUCAGGGCUGCCUGGGAGGACAGGCCUUGUGGGACCGAAAGGUGACUCUAUUGUUGGUCCUCCUGGUAACACUGGUCCCCCGGGCCCUCCAGGACUGCCUGGCUAUGGAAUUCCAGGACCACAGGGGCCACCAGGACCUCCUGGACCACCAGGCACUCCAUCUGCAUAUGGCUCUGCUGUGAGUCUCCCUGGACCUCCAGGUCCUCAAGGGCCACCUGGUGCUCCUGGCCAUGGAAACCCUGUAAGAACAUAUAAAAACAGUCAGACCUUGAUAAGAGAGACCAGCCAGGCUGCGGAAGGGACUCUGGCAUAUGUUAUAGACAAGAGUGAACUGUAUAUCAGGGUACGAGGGGGCUGGAAGAAAGUUGAGCUAGGAGAGCUAAUCCCAGUUCCUCAAGACAGUUCCUCAUCUGCUUUGUCACAAGGCCUGAGCAGACCCAGCGACCGCAGUGUACCUAGAGUUCAUAGCCAGGAGUUGAAGAGCUCCCUGCCAGACUACCAUGUUUUUCUACAGAAUGCACACUCAAUGCCAGCGUUGCACCUGGUGGCACUUAAUGCCCCGUUCACAGGGGACAUGCAUGGAAUUCGAGGGGCAGAUUAUCAGUGUUACCAGCAAGCCCGUGCCAGGGGCCUGACAUCCACUUACAGAGCUUUCCUCUCCUCUCACCUACAAGACCUUUCCAGCAUCGUCAAGAAAGGGGACCGCUUCGGCAUGCCAGUGGUGAACCUCAAAGGAGAUGUGCUUUUCGGCAGCUGGAUGGCUAUGUUCUCUGGUGACGGGGCUGUUUUUGAUCCACUUACACCGAUUUAUUCCUUUGAUGGACGAAAUGUCAUGUCAGAUCAAGCUUGGCCUCAGAAACUGGUGUGGCACGGCUCGGAUACCGCGGGCAUCCGAAUGACAACUAGCUACUGUGAAGCCUGGCGGACGGGUGACAUGGCGGUGACGGGACAGGCGUCUCUCCUGCAGACCGGCAGACUGCUGGGACAGCACGCACGUAGCUGCUCAAACCACUUCAUUGUGCUUUGCAUUGAGAACAGCUACAUCCAGAACCCUGGAAGGAACUAGAAAGCUGACAGUUUUAAAGUAAAGUAAUGCAGAUGUAGGGAGCAGCAGUAGCUGGACUGCUGGGGGAAAUAUCCAAUCUACUCUUUUAUUAGGGAGAGAGCUCUUAUGAGAAGUUAUAAGCCAGGGGAAAUGACACUGCAAUCAUGUUUCACUUCUUCUCUGAGCAUGAUGUAAAUAUGUAUAAAACACCCACUGAUACUGUUCAAUCAACGACCCACCGAGUUCUGUUAGAAUACCAAAGAAUACCUCAGCCAGACAUCAACAAGCAAGAGUAGAUCUAUUGUAUGAACUCACCGCAUCACUCUGUGCCUUCUCAAAUGAAAUUAGCCCCUCCUAACAAUGACUAAUACAGAGUUUUUGUGUGUGUUUAAUGUAUUAACUACAAAUCUGAAACCACAAACAUUGAUAGAUAAACAAUGCUUAUUUUUAAUCAGAUUAAAUGCCAAUAUUUUGAGGGUGGAGAGGGCUCUCUCCACCCUCA